AUGUCUGUGACCAGUACGUCAACCGUUCCUCUCGCCGGACAGGCCUCGAACAUCAUACUUUUGUCUUUCCUCUUCACAGCUUGUUUGUCAGCAUACAUAAUCUAUCAGCGAUCUUUCCAUCCGCUUGCCUCCGUGCCUGGACCUUUCUGGGCGAGUCUCACCCGACUAUGGAUCACAAAGCACAGCUGGGACGGAGACAUGCACAGGACCAUGAUUGCGCUGCACGAAAAACAUGGCCCCAUCGUGCGUAAUGGCCCAAACGAAGUCAGCAUAGCAGAUCUGUCGGCAAUCAAGACAAUCUACGGUGCAGGCACAAAGUUUCGAAAGAGCGACUGGUACUCGGUCUGGCAAGGUCACAGAAAGUUUGAUCUGUUUGCAGAAAGGGACGAAAAGUUACAUGGCAAGCAAAGAAGCUCGAUAAGUUCGGCAUAUGCAAUGACUAGCCUGAAGGACCUCGAGCCAUACGUUGACGAUACUGUCAGUCGAUUCAUGGAUGCGAUGGGCGAGCGUCAGAACCAAGUUGUCGACAUGGGUAAAUGGGCCCAGCUCUUCGCCUUCGAUAUCAUAGGAGAGAUCACCUUCUCGAAAAGCUUCGGGUUCAUGGAAGCGGAAGCCGAUGACGGGUCCUUCAACCAGAUUGAGGGUGCUCUGAAGUCCGCUUCAUGGAUUGGACAAGUCCCAUGGCUGUACUGGCUCCACGAUCGCCUAAUGCCCGUGAUCGGUAACCAUCUAGCUCUCAACAACAGACACGGAUCCCUUCGAACUCUCGCAGCCAAAGAGAUCUCUGCUCGCAUGAAUCGCGGCAGUGACCGCAAAGACAUCCUUUCGAAACUGCAUGCAGCACAAAAGGACAAAGCCGAACUGGACGACAACGGUGUCAUCAGUAUGGCAACCUCGAAUAUCUUUGCGGGUAGCGACACGACUGCCAUCUCCACUCGCGCCAUCAUCUACUACCUCCUCAAGAACCCUCAGUACAAGCAGAGACUGGUCGAGGAGAUUGACGACUUUAGAAGACAAGGCAAGCUGAGCGAUCCUGUCAAGCUGUCAGAAGCGGACUCGAUGCCUUACCUACAGGCUGUCAUGUAUGAAGCAUUGCGUUGCCAUCCCGCUGUCGGCAUGAGCUUGCCUCGAGUGACUCCCGCUGGCGGCGUCACCAUCGCCGACACCUUCAUCCCUGCAGGAACUGUCGUUGGAGCCAAUCCCUGGGUGAUCCACCGCAACAAAGAAUUAUACGGCGAGGACGUCGAAGACUUCCGCCCAGAUCGCUGGUUGAAGGAGGAUACUGGAGACAUGCGUCGUUUCUUUUUCACGUUCGGUUCAGGUGCUCGAAUGUGCCUAGGAAGAAGUAGGUGCUUGUCGUGCCGCAUAGCUGGAAAUGACUGCUGA